AUGCAACAACAACUUAUGAUAGCUAUCGGCGUUGCAGCAAUUCUUGCUGUCAUCGUCGUUAUCAUCCUUGUCGUCCUUAUCAAGCGUGACAAGCGCCCUAACAACGUCUACAUCGUUGGCUGCCUUGGUGCCGGCAAGACAAAACUCUUCUACCACCUCACAGCCCACAGAAUUCAUCCAACAGUUACAUCACAAACAGAAAAUCGCUUCUCGCUCAUUGUAAAGAAUCGUAUUAUCAAUUUGAUCGAUGAACCAGGCCAUGCACGUGUAAAAACACAAGUUCUCUCAUCAAUUCGUGAUGCCAAGGCCAUCAUUUUCGUUAUCGAUAGCGAAACAGUUCUUUCUCAGAUGAGUGACAUCGCAAACCUUCUCUAUGAUGUUCUCUCUCAGCCAGAAAUCAUCAAGAACCGCGUUCCAGUCCUCAUUCUCGGCGCAAAGACAGACUUACACUCCGCUCGUCCAAUUGACGUCAUUCGCGAGGAACUUGAAAAGGAAUUCGACUACCUCCGUAACAACCGUCAGCAGUCUGACCAAGUUGAAGGCGGAAACUCCGAAUUCUUGUUCCUUGGUGAAGAAAACGCUGAAUUCAACUUCGACCAGCUUUACACAAACAAGAUCUGGUUCCGUACAUGCUCUGUCAACAAUGACAGCACUCAGGAUGUUAUGGACUUCAUCGAAAAGAUGGUCAAAUAA